AAACAAAAAAGAAAUAGCGCUGGCAAAAUAGACGUGCUGAGCGCUGUAAAAAGUCAGAUUCGUGUUGAAAUUGGAAUAAUAAGUUUUUUAUUUUCCGUGCGCUGGUCGAGCUCGUUGCUUCGACAAUUCGAAAAGCGAUCGAAAGGAGCAACCUUGUAGGCCAACAGCCAGGCGUAAUUUACGCAACGCACAACACUCACAAAAUCCAAAAUUGCACGGGGGGGCAACAAUAAAAACAGAGGCAGAACAGAACACAGCAAGAAGAGCGUGGUGAAGAGGAGCGGCGGAGAAAGGAGAACGGUGAACAGGGAACAGGGAGAGAGCAGAAAGGAGAGUCCGAGAAACGGAGGAAACAUCAUGGCGAACAUGGCAGUGUCGCGGAUCAAGCGGGAGUUCAAGGAGGUGAUGCGCAGCGAGGAGAUCGUCCAGUGUUCCAUCAAAAUCGAACUGGUCAAUGACAGUUGGACGGAGCUGCGCGGCGAGAUCGCCGGUCCGCCUGACACGCCCUACGAGGGCGGCAAGUUCGUCCUGGAGAUCAAGGUGCCCGAGACAUAUCCCUUCAAUCCACCAAAGGUACGCUUCAUAACGCGCAUCUGGCAUCCGAAUAUAUCGUCGGUUACGGGUGCGAUUUGCUUGGACAUCUUAAAGGACAACUGGGCUGCAGCGAUGACACUGCGCACCGUACUGCUGUCGCUGCAGGCGCUCCUGGCCGCCGCAGAGCCGGACGAUCCACAGGACGCAGUGGUGGCCUAUCAGUUUAAGGACAAGUACGAUCUGUUCCUGCUUACGGCCAAGCACUGGACCAACGCGUAUGCGGGCGGACCGCACACCUUUCCCGAUUGUGAUUCAAAGAUCCAACGUCUCAGGGACAUGGGCAUCGACGAGCAUGAGGCGCGCGCCGUGCUCUCCAAGGAGAAUUGGAAUUUGGAGAAGGCCACCGAGGGCCUGUUCAGUUAGCUUGUCCCAGCCGCACUAGCAUCAGUACCAUUCGCGGCGGUGGCAGCACCAAGAACACCGGCCAACUUCAGCAUCAAUCCUUCAGAACGGCAAUCACGCUAAAUUCUUGUACACUCACGCACCAAUAUAUUUUCGUAAAUCUUAUCCACGAAAUUACAUUGCCCUGUAGUUAUAAUAAUUCUCUGAUCUGUUCUAUAAUUUUAUUAUGAUUAAUGUGCACAUCUUUGCCGCUGGGUGGGUCACCAGAAGGUUGAGCCAAAGGCCAUGCCCGCGCCCCAUUGAGCAUGUGGUGUUAUGUAAUUGAACCCAGGUUCUGUUUCAUUAAUUUACGUGCAGUCGCAUUUACUUGCAGGCUCUUUCUUAAACAGUACUGUUGUUUUCCAUUUCAAGCUUAAACUAAAACACAAACAAAAAUGAUUUACAAAACAAAAUAAAUGUGAAGGCGAGGAGUGUAUAACAAAUCGAAGUCUUUGUAAAUUGCGUUAAGUUAAUAAAUAAAUAAAUAAAAAUAUUAAUAAAUGUCUAAUGAGAAGUUAUGAUUUCGGUUUGUGAAGAAGAGGCUGCAAACUUAAAAUAGAUUUUUGUAAAUCAUGCCUAGACUGAAGAAUGGAAAAUGUAAUUUACCCUAGAUUGAUUGAGAUAUGUAAUGUAUAUUACUAUAAUUCUUGUUUAAUCCAUUUUUUAAGGCUCUGUCUAAUGCCAAAAUUGAAAUAAAAUCCAAAUUCUUGGUGAUUUACAAACCAAAUAAUUGC